AUGGAGAGCGCCCGCCCGCGGCUGCUGCCCGUCCUGGGCGCCGCCCUGCUGCUGCUGCUGCUGCUGCUGCCUCGGCCCGGCGCCCGAGCCCAGGAGGACGCCGAGCUCCAGCCCCGAGCCCUGGACCUCUACUCGCCGGUGGACGACGCCUCCCACGAGAAGGAGCUGCCAAGGCUCAACUUCGGGCUCCCGGGCGUGCGCGCGCGGGGUGUGUUGCAGAUUGAAGCGCUGCAGGAAGUCUUGAAGAAGCUCAAGAGUAAACGCAUUCCCAUCUAUGAGAAGAAGUACGGCCAGGUCCCCAUGUGCGAUGCGGGAGAGCAGUGCGCAGUGCGAAAAGGAGCGAGGAUCGGCAAGCUGUGUGACUGCCCGCGAGGAACCUCCUGCAAUUCCUUCCUGUUGAAGUGCUUGUGAAUGUGAAGAGCCGGCUGGUGGCCUCCUGACAUUCCCCACCCCUCUCUACUUUCCCCAGAGGACCACACCUUUGUCCCUGGAG